GACAUCAGAGCCCCAAAAGAAGUCAAGAACAAAGCACCGUCCCCGGAUUGUCUGGGUUGUGUUAUUUUCAGUGUCUCAACAACCGCUCACAUUAUUUUGGCAGAGGGACUUAUACCGCACUUGCUUCAUCUCCGACUUACUGCAUAGUUCAAACAUGGCGGCACCGUCAGAAAUUACCGUUCGUAACUUGAGUGGCUCCUGGAAAUCGAAUGCCCGUCUGACCGAUGACCCAACCGCGGCAAUGGAGCUCCAAGGCGUCAGCUGGCUCGUUCGAAAGGUCAUCGCCAGGGCCGAGAUCAACCUUGCCAUCACGCAGACGACUGACGCGAGCACCGGGGUAUCCCACAUUGCGACGGUGCAGAAGACCCUCGGCCGCGUCAUGGAAGCCGAUUUCGUGCUUGACUGGCAAGAGAGGGGCCAGGUGCAUGCGGUGUUUGGACAACAGGAUGUGAAGUCGCGCUUCUGCGAUGUGGAACAGAUCGAAGAGACUUUCCUGCGCGAGGGUUGGGAGCCAGGCUUACAGGAAGUCGUCGAGGUCAUUGUUGAAGGCUCGGGCUGCACGGCCUGGCAGGUCUGGGGGUUUGAGGUUAUUGAUGGGGAGAGACACCAUGUUCGGAGGUCGUUGGUGGCCAAGGGAGAAAAGCAGCAGAUGAUCAAGAUGGUGUAUGACUGGGAUGAGCCUAAAGAGGUGUAACUUCUCGGCUUGAAGAGAACUUGUGCGCUUGAACAGGACGGAAGGAGAGAAAUAGUGUUGGUGUUUUACUGCUACUCGCAAGACUUGGUAAACUGGAAUCCUGAAUAUUCAGCAUCGUGUUUUUCCGUCGAAGUGUAGUACCCCUUGAGUAUAGCGAC